ACGUCCUUCCUCACGCUUCAGGUUAAACAUGGCAGCGCUCUUGAGAUCAGCGCGAGUACUCAAGUUAUCUCCCUCUUCCUUGCUUCAGGUUGCAGGGGUGACAAAGCAUGGAGCACCGCUUAGCAGGCUGUACAGUGGGGCAAUCGGUGGCCGAGGAAUCGGACUUUGCACAAGCCAAGGAGUUUCCAGAUCUGUCAGUGUAAACAGGUCCUGGUCCUCCUGCAGGCUGUUGUGGCCCUCGGUGGCGGGCGUGCGGCGGUAUGCAGCGGCCCCUGAGCAGCAGGGCAUGGAGGAGGGCAGCGUGGCACUGCGCGCCAGGCAGGCCAAGCAUUUUGAUUGGGCCCUGGCCAAGCUGGACAGCUCGGUCCGCCGCACUGGACGCGUCACCAAGACACUGCUGCUGAACAUCUUCCACGACAUUUGCCGCACAGGCAACCCGAGUGGGAACCAGGCCCUGCUGCUGCUGCGGAGCUGUGGCUCUCUGCUGCCAGAGGCCAACUUCACCGAGCGCACCGAGCUGGCACACCGCAUCUGGGACAAGCUGCAGCAAGAGGGUGCGUCGUAUGAUGCCAGCCAUUACAAUGCCCUCCUGAAGGUGUACCUGCAGAAUGAGCACAAGUUCUCCCCCACUGAGUUCCUGGCCAAGAUGGAAGGCGCCAACGUGCAGCCUAACAGGGUGACGUACCAGAGGCUCAUCGCAGCCUACUGCCAGGAAGGUGAUAUAGAGGGAGCCAGUACGAUCUUGGGCUUCAUGAAGAGCAAGGAUCUGCCCAUCACUGAAGCUGUUUUCAACUCCCUGUUGACUGGCCAUGCUCGUGCAGGGGACAUGGAGAGUGCAGAGAGCAUCCUGAAUGUCAUGAAAGGAGCGGGCAUUGAGCCUGGUCCAGACACCUUUGUGGCCCUGAUGACCGCUUUCGCAGAGAAAGGAGACAUCGAAAAGAUCAAACAGACGCUGGACAUGGCGGAGGGCUCUGACGCCAGCCUGAUGGACAGGGACCUGAUGCAGGUGCUGUUCAGCUUGGCCAGAGCAGGGCACGCCCAGCAUGUGCCCGUCAUCGUGGAGCGCAUGCGCCACGAGAGGGGUUAUGUGCCAGACGCCAUGAACCUGUGCCUGAGCCUGAUCACCCAGGGCCAGGAGGACACGGCGUACGCUGUGCUGAAGACCUUCCCCCGGCUGCAGGAGGCGGGGCAGAAUGGGGAGAUGCCUGACCUGGGCAACUUCUUCCUACGCCACUGCAUCAACAUGGACAAGUCUUUGGAGAAGCUGACCCACUACUGCAGAGACCUGAAGGACUCUGGACUGCACACCAGACCCAUGCAGUUUGCUCUCUUCUGCGCCCUGGAUGCCAAGAAGACUGGUCUGGCGGUUGAGCUGAUGAAGGUAAUGAAGGAUGAAGGCCUCCCUGUCCGUCCACACUUUUUCUGGCCACUGUUCGCACACCACCAGCGACAGAAGAACACACCUGGCACUAUGGAGGUCAUUAGGGGGAUGCAGGAGUUGGAUGUGCUCCCUGACGUGGAGACCACCUCCCAGUACAUCCUGCCCUCCUUCCCCAACCUGGAUAGUGCUCGCUCUGCUCUAAAGGAGGCGGGUUGUAUGGUGGCGAAUAAGGGCUUUGCCGCGGCUGAACUGAGGGCUGAAGCCACUAAAGGGAACCUGGCUGGAAUACUGGCCCUUAUGUCCUCUCCUACAUUCCCAUCUGUUGACCUGAAUGCUUUCAGAUCGGCUCUCAUCUCUUCCUUCAGAAGGUCAGAUGAUGUGGAGAGCAUGGCAAAGGUCACUGAGCUGGUGUAUCAGGAUAAGAGGUUCUGCUCUCCUCCCCAAGAUCCUAAAGAAUACGUGGCCUACUUACUGUAUAACCUGAUUGACGCCAUGAGCUCUUCAGAGGUGCAGGCCAAAGAGGGCAUACUGCGGCAGUAUUUCAUCCAGCUGAAGAGCCUGAAUAUCUCCAUCCCUCUGAGUGUGUACAGGGGCAUCCGCAACCUGCUCGACUCCUACCAAGUCCCAGAGCUGAUCAAGGAUGUCCUAGUCCUGGUCGACAACAAAGGAUCUGUGAGCUCCACGGAGACAAGCGCCUCAAAGGUUGAGGAGCUCGCUACGCUGGAGGGCCGUCUGGCUGAGCUGAAGGCCGAAGAGCAGCCCUUCUCCAGGGUCUUGAAGCAGCUUAUCACGGCACUCUGUACAGAGGAGAAACUGGAGCGUGCUCUGGAGCUGAAGACUCAGCACGAGGAGCACAUGGCCGCGGGGGGAUACGCCGCCCUGAUCAACCUCUGCUGUCGCCAUGACAAUCUAGACGAGGCCAUGAACCUGAAGAGAGAGAUCUCUCUGAAGGACUCCACAUUUGUUCUGGAUAGCAGCAAGUACAUGACUCUGCUGCGCUCACUGACAAAGCAUGGCCGUCGAGAGGAGGCGCUGGAGCUGCUGAAGGAGAUUAAGGAGAAGAACGUGCCCCUGAAGGACGUCUCGUCCACGCUGUUCCACACGCUCAACGGCGCCGCCCUCAAGGGCGAGACGGACACCAUCCGCGAGCUGCAGGACACCAUCUUCACCCUCGGACUGGCCAAGCCCACCGCCAACCUCUGCUCGCCGCUGAUCACAGCCUACCUGGAGAAUGGGGAUCUGACUGGUGCCUUGGAGGCCUGUAAAGAAUACUCUCGUCAAUACAAGCAGAUGCCCCGUAUUCAUGACAUCAUCACUGGACUGGUUGAGAAAGGAGAGACCGAGAAACUGCAGGACGCGAUGGACUUCAUUAGUCAGGAGCGUGGGGAGAUGACGAUGCUGUACGAUCUCUUCUUUGCCUUCAUGCAGACGGGCCGCUACCGCGAGGCCCGCAAGAUCAUUGAGACUCCUGGACUGAGAGCCAGACCCGGGAGGCUGCAGUGGUUCGCAGAGAAAUCCAUCGCACUCAACCAGAUGGAGAUUCUGGAUAACCUGGUGGAUCUGACCAGUAAACUGUUCGAGUGUGACAGGGAUGAGAUGUACCAUUACAUCCUCAGGCUGUGCAAUGACACAGCGGACUGGCGUAAGGCUGAGGCCGUGUGGACCAAGAUGCAGGAGGAGAACGUGAUCCCCCGAGAGAGGACCCUGAUCCUGCUCGCCAAGAUCCUCAAGAGCAACGGCCAGGAGGUGCCCUUCGAGGUGCCUGAGACGUGGUACGAUCAGGGCACACCCACUGGCAAGGCCUCGAAGGCCUCUCCUCAGACUUCCGCUGACUACCAGAUGCGAGUGAUGACCCUCUGCAAGAAGGGCCAAGCCAAAGAGGCCUAUGAUGUGCUGAAGACGGCUGAUAAGAUGGACGUCACGCUGGGUCCAGCACCCUUCGACACCCUGAUCAAGGCCCUGCUGGCCGCGGGCAGCCUGGAGGAGGCCAUGGAGAUCCGAAACAUCGCCACGACCCGUAACCCAGACUUCAAGAUGUCUGACGUAGCCAGCAGUCUUCUUCUCGUAACGCUUGUCAAGAAGGACCAAGUCAAAGAGGCCAAGGAAGUACUGCAAAGCAUACUACAGGCAAACCAGGUUCCCAGCCCACUGGCCAUCACCCGAUUGGUCCAGGGCCUGAGUAGCCAUGGAGACGUGCAGGGCAUACAGGAAGUGGAAGAGAAGGUGAAAUCGAUCGGUGCUACCCUGAACCUUAGCAGCAUGGUGUUCAUCAACAACACAGCACUGGCACACAUUAAGAACGGGGACAUCGAGAGUGCGGUGGAGAUGCUAGAGAACAUCUACACAGAGGGAGGCGACGCCAGCCGCUCCGUCAGCAUCUCCUUUGUCUUCCGGAAGGUUCUGGAGCAGAAGAACGAUCAGGCACUGGACAAAUUGGCCGUGAUGGCAGAGAAGCUGGCCAAUCACUUUGCUUCGUACCGGGCAGCCUCAGACCUAUUCCUGCAGUAUCUGGACCUUGGGCUCAAUGAAGAAGCCAAGUUCAUGUUAGCGCGCUGCAAUGCUGUCGCGGAGCAGAAGGACUUCCUGAUGUCAUUUGUCGCCAAGGCGUCCCGACAGCCUGGACAAGCGAAAAAGAUUACGGCACUUGCAGAGAUGAUUCCAGACUUUACAGACAAGGAUACCCUGUGGGCUUACCUGAUCAAGUGUUAUGGUAUGGAUGAGGACCUGGCGUCUGCUAAGUCGCUGUAUGAGCGUGCGCAGCAGGAGGGUGUUCAGUUGGACGAGUUGUCUCUGAAGAGGCUGGCUCUGCUCUACAGGCAGGCAGGAGAGACUGCACCAUUCCAGGAGCCCCCGGAGACGUUUAAGUUCUACGCCAACAAGCUGAUGGAGAAGAAGAAGAGCGAGAGUGCCGAGGAAUGAGGCCGUCCAACCUGUCCACUGUCCUACUGCGCCCGUCUAACCUGUCCACUGUCCUACUGCGCGCCCUUCCCAAGAGCUUCUUUUUUUAUUUGUGUAUGCUUAAGUAUAAAUUACGUGUAUAAAUGUGAUACUGUUAGGUGUUAGACUUGUUUGCCUUGGCCCAGGAGGUUGAUUGAUUUUGAAGAUGAUGUACAGAGGUAUUUAUGGUAAUAAACAAAUGACAUUUCA